AUGGGUGAUAGCAAUGACGACGAAAUUAGUGACAAUGAACAGAUGUGUCAUUCACAACAUUUAUCAUUUACUGGUAACAACGCAUCAUUCCGCACAAACGCAACCAAUGGUGCCAGUACGCCAUCUAAUUUAUCUGUACCAUCAGUUUAUACUUCACCAAUCCAACCACUUGAUGCAAUUACUGAUGAACUAAGAAAAAUGAAUGGAGGGAUUAAAACCCUAAACAAAGAAAUGAAGAAACAAAACAAUGAAAUGAAGAAACAAAACACAAGAAUUGAUUGCUCAUUAUUUAUCCAAUUAAUGAGUCUCACAGGCACCAUCAUCAUUGCAAGUGUUCUUCUAAAAAGAAAUAAUUGA